CAAGAGGAGAAAAGGGUUUGGCCGGUAACGUUGGCUUCCCUGGCUACCCGGGUCAAACUGGAGAAAAGGGGCAACGUGGCAUGAAUGGAAAAGUAGGAAAGACGGGAAGCAAGGGAUCAGCUGGAGCUCCGGGACCAGCAGGAGCAAGAGGUGCACAGGGAGCUAAAGGACCAGAUGGACCAGCAGGCCGACCGGGUGUUAUGGGGGCCCCUGGACCAAAAGGAGACUUGGGACCGAUUGGACCAGUGGGUCUUCGUGGAGAAAUUGGUCUCCCAGGAAAUCCAGGACCCGUCGGUCACAUCGGAGCACCUGGUGCAAUCGGAAAUCCAGGAAAAGAUGGUCUUUCAGGAUUUCCAGGAGAAAGAGGAGAGGCUGGUCUGCCAGGAGCACCAGGUCUUCCAGGAGCUGUUGGACAACCAGGAAAUCCAGGACCUUCAGGGCCUCAGGGAGGACCAGGAGAGAGAGGUGGAAUUGGCGUGCCCGGACCGGCAGGAGAAAAGGGACCAGCUGGAGAGCAAGGAAAAGAAGGACCUGCUGGCUCUCCAGGUGUGCAGGGACCAUCUGGUCCAUUGGGACCCACGGGUCCAAGAGGGCAUCCAGGAGAGGCGGGUUUACCUGGUCCAGCUGGACCUGAAGGAUCACGCGGACUUCCGGGUGCCAUUGGAAAUCCUGGAAAACCAGGAUUGCCUGGAGCUGCUGGGGUCAAGGGAGAGAUAGGAGACACUGGCCUCAAGGGCCCACAAGGACCUGCAGGGCCCGCUGGUCCCCCAGGAGAGACUGGACUGCCUGGUGGAAGAGGACCAACAGGAUCCCUGGGUGCUGAAGGAAGACAAGGAGCCAAGGGAGAAAAUGGUGUUGAUGGGCCCACAGGUCCACCUGGAAAAGCUGGAAAACCAGGCUCUCCAGGUGCGGCAGGAACCAAAGGUGCCAUGGGAAAUCAUGGAGCUCCAGGAAAUGCUGGAAGUCCCGGAAAAGUUGGACCUACUGGACCAAAGGGAUUUGCUGGAAACAUAGGAUUUCAAGGCAAUCCAGGCACUCCAGGAACUCCAGGAGCGAAAGGUGAAGCUGGUCCCAGAGGAAAAGAAGGAAAGAUUGGAGACCUUGGAAGAGAAGGGCCCCAAGGACCACAGGGAGAAUUGGGUCACGUUGGUAAUCCAGGAAAGCAGGGUCGCAUUGGACCUCCAGGGCCUCCAGGAGAGCCUGGUCCCGCUGGAAUCAAAGGUGAAAGAGGCAUUUUUGGACCACAAGGAGAAAGAGGCCCAUACGGACAAACUGGCGCUCCAGGAAGAACUGGGUUGAGGGGACCUCGUGGAGCUCCGGGAAAAUCUGGCGAUGUCGGACCUGUUGGAGCCCCUGGACCAAAUGGAAAGAGAGGAGCUGCUGGUCCUGCUGGUCCCGCUGGUCCCAAAGGAGAGGCUGGACCAAAGGCUGAGAAGGGUAGCAGAGGUGAUCCUGGACAAGUUGGUCUGACAGGCGAGCAAGGAUUGAAAGGUGAACGUGGUAAAAUGGGAGUUCAGGGACCGCCAGGAGAUAGAGGAUACGCUGGACCAGAAGGACCACGAGGACUUCCAGGACCAGAAGGUUCAGCAGGAUCUCCAGGACCAGAAGGAAGUCGCGGAUUGAAGGGUCACAAAGGUCAGCCUGGAUCUCCCGGCGUGCCUGGUCCCCCUGGUCCACCGGGAAGACCCGGAGCCAAAUUCAACGAGGAGGAACUUGUUAACAGAAGAAGCAAAAGGUCGGUCAGAAGUAAAGAUAUGCACGCCGAUAAACCGAGAAACACAUGGAUCCAGAAAAUUAUAAGUGAAAACAACCAUGAGAAGGUUGUUGAGAAAAUCUUCGGUGAGUUAGAUAAUCUAAAAAAAGAAAUGUCGACAAUUUUAGCACCGAUUGGUAGCAAGGAAGCACCAGCUCUUACUUGCAGAGACAUCCAUCUUGAAUUCCCAACUCUCCAGAGCGGCUGGUAUUGGAUAGAUCCAAAUCAAGGAGUCAUUUCAGACGCCAUCAGAGUCUGGUGUGACUUCUCGGGAAGUGAAGUUCAAACUUGCCUCCACCCUGAUAAAGAUACUUCAUCAGUGCGCAGAAAAUCAUGGAGUGAAGUUUCGUCCGGAAGGUUCAGUCACCUUGAAAAUGGUUUCAUGAUCAAGUAUGUUGAGAACGAUGCUCAACUUCAGUUUUUGCGGUUGCUGCACGAGAAAUCAUCCCAGCAGUUUACAUAUUUGUGCAAAAACUCCAUUGCCUGGUACAGUGAGGAAGCCAAGAACAAAAACAAAGCUAUCUCAUUCAUCGGCGCUGAUGAUUCGAUCAUCAAAACCGAUAAAAUGAGAGACAGUGCCGUCGUCGAUGGAUGCAAGAAUGGUUCAACUGGAUCAACAGUUUUCACUAUCAGGAGCCACAGGCUUCAGCAAAUACCCAUUGUUGAUUUCAAACCGACCGAUUACUCCAGGUCUGGACAAAAAUUUGGUUUUGAAGUUGGACCUGUUUGUUUCAGUUAAAUUAAAUCUAUCAUACUUAACUAGUUAAUAAUGUGAGCCUUGGUUGAAAUUGUUAGAGACUGGUCAAAGCGGCUAUGAAUGUGCUUGAAUAUGCUUAGAAUUCAUUUUAUUUCACGGAGCUAAAGUUUUGAUAUAAUUAAUGUUUGGGGUUUUUUAAAUGACAGAAAUUCUUCUAUCUUUAACAAAAAUAAAUGUUAUGUUGUCACGUGGUUUAAUAAAAGAUCAAUUAAACGUUUUUGACAC